AAAGAGGGAGAGAAGCAAAGAGAGAGAGACCUCAUCUCCGUCUCGCAAAGAUCGGAGCAGCGGAAGACGAAAGACGAGAAAGAACUAUUCGAACGUAUAUAAAACUGCGAAAAAAGCCAGAGAUAUUGAGAGAGAGAGAGAGGAGCGCGAGAGCUGAUCGGAGCGGUCAGAGGAAAAGGAAAAGCCACUAUAGGUGCCGCCGCAUGUGUGCCAGUCGCGCAGCCAGCACAGUCUUUAAAUGAAAUCAUAAUAACAACAGUCCGUCUUUGAGCUCGUGUGCGAGUAUCUCAAAACACCUACGUUAUUAUUCAUUUCGUAUAUACCUUGCGAUUCAUACAUACAUAUAAGCGUGUGCGUGUGUCCGCACGUACACAUACGUACGUUCUACUUUUGACUUUGUUUUAAGUGCGGCCCACCGCCCAUACACAUCAGCACUCCCAGAACUCAGGUUCCAGACGUACUGCAAACGUCUGCGUGUGUGUAUAUAUAUAUUUUAUUAUUAUAUAUAUACGCGCAUAUAAAGCGCAUACACAUACGCGUAUACGCGAGUGAUAGUGCAACGUAGAGUGAAGCGUGUAUACACACACGUAUACAGAAGCAACAAACUGCAACGCAAAGGCAAUAUACAUGCGCUCGAGCGCACACAUACACAUAUAACUUCCUAUACUUGUACGCUUUGCUCUCGCUCUCUCUCUCUUUCUCUCUCUCGUUCGCUCGCGCACACUCGUUUCAUAAAGAGUCGCUGUGUCGUGUAGUCGUAUACACCUACACAGCCCUACACACACUCUCUUUUAACUCUGGCAGUUCAGUGAUUGUGUGUGCGCUGCUGCUGCUGCUGCUGCUGCUGCUGCUCCGUGCUCGGUGCUCGCGCCUGCGAGCCAGCUCAUCUAUCCUCGCGCUCGUUGCAAAAUGUCGAGUGACGCUUCGACGUCCAGGAAGUGAUACAUUAUCAAUUCGAUCGAACGUGCGUGCUGCUCUUAGCUGUUGCUGCUGCGCCGCUACUUGCGUUGCACGGCCUGCAUGUGCGUGUGUUAGUGCAGCGAUCAAAGUGCGAGAAAGAAGAAGAAGAGUAGUGCAGUGUGCUGCUGCCUGUGUGCAGCUCGUACGCCUUUCGGUGCGUAUGUAUGCGUGCACCGUCGUGUUGUGCCACGCGAGAUAAAUAUACACGUAUAUUGUUACAUACACGCACUCCGCACCGCGAAGGAGUGCAAUCCGCGAGCGGCUGCGAGAUAAAGGAGCUCCCCGAGUGCCGCCGCCGCGAUCGUAACCACGCAACGCCAAAAAUGCAGCAGCCCAGAGCCUGGAAGCGAGGCAACGACAUAGCCAUCUUGUCGUCGCUCGCCGUGCUGCUGCUCUGCGUUGCAGUCCAAGUGGUCCAGUGCAGCGCUUACAGCAAUAAUAACAACAAGAACGACGAUCGACGUCAGCCAGCUGCCGCGGCGACCUCCGCCUCCAAAAAGAGCAACAACAACGACUGGACGUCCAAGUCGAGCGGUGCUCUUGGCAAUUCCAAGGUUGAUGACAUUUAUCUCGAUGAUUUUGACGGCUCGGGUGGCGGAGAUCUGAAUUCGCGCAUAGGUUCGCCGAUCGAUGACGAUCUCGACGAGGCCUCUGGCAGCGGCUACGGACCCGACGACGAGGACGGUGACGGCGGCGACUUCAUUGAUCGCCCGCGCAACCCGCUCUCCGGCACGACCACCUCGUCCCGAAACAACCUCGAGCCGAAACUUGACGAUGAUGACGAGGAUGAUGACGAUGACACACAUCGUCCUCUUAUGCCCGUCAAUAACGGCAACAACAACAACAACAACAACAACAACAAUAACAACAACAAUCAGGACAUCGACGAAGAAGAGGACGAGGACGAAGGUGAUCAAGACACCCUUGACGUUUUCAAGAACAAGGACGAAGACGUGAACAUCGACGAUAGUUUGAACAACAACGAGCUCGAUGCAGAGAAGACGAACUUGGGCAAGAAAGUGCGCGACGAAGACGACAGCCAGCCCGACCCAAGUGGUGUGAUCGUCGACAAGCAGCAAGACAGGACGAAAUCGUUCUUCGUUCUCACUGCGCUUAUUGGGGGUGCCAUCGUCGGUCUGCUCUGUGCCAUUCUCGUGGUCAUGUUCGUUGUCUACAGGAUCAAGAAGAAAGACGAAGGCUCGUAUCCCUUGGACGAGGAGCAGCCCAGAAAGUCACCUGCGGCUACCAAUUCCAAAAUGAGAACGAGUCGGGAGUUUUACGCUUGAGCAUCUUAAUUGUAAUAAAUGCAAUGGGUGUAUUUAUUUUCAGUGGUGUGAAUAUUAAUGUGACUGACUGUGACCGAGUGUAUGUGUUUGAAUGAUUUUGACUUGCUGGGAUUGGUUUGUCUAUGCCAUGUUUAUGAGCAGGAAAAAGAAAGAGAGCAAAGAAGGAAGAACGAAUGAAAGAAUGAAAGAAAGAGAGAAAGAGAAAUAGAGAGGUUUUAUAUGAUAUAAUAUUAAGUGCAAGUGUUUAGGAUUUUAAGGGUAUAAUGCUAUAUAAUAUAUUAAUCACAUAGGUUGUGCUAUUUGCCCGAUAUAGAUUGUGAGUGCUGUCAUUGUAGAUAAGUUAUCAUGUCGUUGAGAAUUGUCGCACGAUCCAGUGACCGCUAGGGUUCAUUGAUAAUAGUCUAAUUUUCUUUAGUGACGCACAUGUACAAUCGUACAAUUUACAUGUGCGAGGCACAUUCAGUUGUCAUUUUCCAUACUUUGUGCAUUUAAUAUCUGAUAGAGUAUAUUGGGCACAUAGCACAUCCCCUCCCUAAUGAAAAAGUUUAAAAAUGUAGUCUUUUGUACCGAUGAUAUAUUGUACGUCAACGUCAACAAUCAUGAGAAGUACAAAUUUUCAAAGUUGCCUUAUUGCAAUUUUUGUAUGUCUCAUCAUGCCAUUAUUUAUAAGGUUGCAAGACUCAGCACUUUGUUGUAUUUUUGAUACGUCCAGCUUAAUGAUACUAAUUCAUUGAAACUCAAAAUUUGAUAUCAAGAAGCAUUCAAAAAAAGGGAAUUUAAAAACUUGGGAACAAUAGUACAUUUUCUUUGAAGUAGGUGCGAAAACAAUAAUUUUUAUAAAAAAGAUGGAUAAUGAUUAGACUGAGCCUUAUGAAUACUGUGGACAUCUUUGUACUAAUUACAUGCACUUGUUGUUACGUUAUAUAUUUUAUUGAUAGCGACUUGCCAGAUUUGCUUGCUUAUGUCAUAAUUACAUUAUGUGAAAGCACAUUGAUUAUUGUUGCUAUUGUAUUUCUAUACUUGACUGUAACUCAAGGAAAUAAAAUCAGCAACAUUGCAUUUCCUAUUUCUUACUUUCUCGAGUUCUUAAACGUUUUUUGAUACGUCUUAUAAACUCACGGUUUUUAUACUUCAAAAUCAUGACUAGAAUUCAAUGAACAUGAACAAAAUGGUUUUGAUUAAACAAUUGUUAAAACCAUCGACCAGUGAAGCAUUCAAUAAAUGCUCACUUGUUGAAUACUUAUAGGUGCCAUUAUACGAACAUUAUUAUCAAAUUACUAGUUUACAGUUUUGCAAUAUAUCUUAUUAUUAAUAUAAAUAAAUAUGAUAUGUCAACUGAAACGAAUUUAAAAAAAAAAUAUUGAUGUAAAAAUCAAUAAAACUGUUUUGAGAAUAUAUAAGACAGCUGUGUGAAUAGUAUUGUAUAUCAAUUGUGCAUGUAAUCACUAAUAUAAAUUUGCUGGUUAAUUAACUAAUGUAAAAUUAUUUCUAAUAAUACAUUGCGUUUUCUGCAAUCUCUGUUUAUUUGUUCAUAUUAAAAAAUAAAUUACGUACCAUAUAAA